CAUAAUAAAAGAGAAACAAACGGAAGCUUGAUACAAUUACGUAAAGCAAAAAUAAAAAAACGAAAAUAAUAAAUAAAAAUUAUUGCAAAAUAAAAUAUAUAUUAUUGUGCUUCAAAGAUAACAAUUUGUCGCCGCCAUAGCCCCUUGAACUCUUUGCAUGUGUCUUGUUGAUUGCAGCGCGCGAAAAGCAAUUUAAACUGACAUUAUCGGGCUUGGCGAAAAUCUCAAUUUGCCAUUGCGGUCGUCUUGAAGCACAGCAUAAUUGCUUGAAAUACAUAUAUAAUUGCGGCAUUUUUAUACCGUUUCAACCGCAGUUCAAUCAAACGGCACAAAAUAUAAUUAUAAUUUUGAUUAAAAAUACAUACAUACAUACGCUAAACAACAAAUAAGCAGCGAUUCUAUAUUUCGAAAACAAUUUAUUAUUGACAGUGGGAAUACAACAAAUUAUAUAUUUUAUUUAAUACAAUAUGGCUGACCAACUUACAGAAGAACAAAUCGCUGAAUUCAAAGAGGCAUUCUCGCUCUUCGAUAAGGAUGGUGAUGGCACCAUCACGACAAAAGAAUUGGGCACAGUGAUGCGAUCACUGGGACAAAAUCCAACAGAAGCCGAACUGCAAGACAUGAUAAAUGAAGUCGAUGCUGAUGGUAAUGGCACCAUUGACUUCCCCGAGUUCUUGACAAUGAUGGCACGUAAAAUGAAGGAUACCGAUAGUGAAGAGGAGAUCCGAGAAGCCUUUAGAGUAUUCGAUAAGGACGGCAAUGGCUUCAUUUCAGCGGCUGAAUUGCGUCACGUCAUGACAAACUUGGGUGAAAAGUUAACAGACGAAGAAGUGGAUGAAAUGAUCCGGGAGGCUGAUAUCGAUGGUGACGGUCAAGUCAAUUAUGAAGAAUUCGUGACUAUGAUGACAUCGAAGUGAGCAGAUAAAUUACUUGUUUUUAAGCCUUUCUAUGUUUUUAAGAUGUUGACGAAGACUGUAGCUGGGCGCAACAACAUCGCGCGACGCUGUUGCUAUGGAAACCAUGAAAAAGAAAUAUAAACAAAAAUAAAAACAAAAAUUAUAUAAAUCUUGAGCAAAAGGGAGAAUUAAAUAUUAUAUAAAUAAAUAUUAAAAGAAAACUGAAAAAGAAGAAGAAGAAACAAAAAACAGAAUACAUUAUAAUAAAUUACACUUUAAUAUUUAAAAUAAAGAUAAAAAUAAAACUUACAACUCAAUGUAAUAAUGAUGAUAAAGACAUACACUAUACACACGCAAACACACACACACACACACACACACUUAUUUCAAUGAUACGCAUAUUUACACAACAACAAGAACAACAUACAUAGCUACAUACAAAUGCUUAAAUGCAAUAAAAAGAACAUUUCCUAUAUAUUAACAAGCCAGCAUUACGUACACAGAACACUAACCAGCAACAACAACAACAUCAAACAACAACAACUAGUACUUACAUUACAUAUAUAUUAGCUAUACAUAUUUAUUGUGUGCAUCAAGCGCCGCGAGAUCCAUUUGUAACAAAUGGAUUCUCCACUUAAUAUACAUACAUAUAUGCGCAUAGCGAUGCCGCAUCCGUGUACUAAUUGAUGAACUUGUGUUUAGAAGAAAUUCAAAUAUAAAAACAACAAAUAAAUAAAAUUUGAAUGAGAAAAACAAAAAAACCACAAUUUUUUGCUGAUGUUUACUACACACACACACUCAUACCAACAUUUUAUGAAAUAUUUAAUUAGUCAAAGCCACACACACACACACCCACACAUACAUGCAAUUGUAAAGCGAAUGGCAAGCGACUUCACUUGACACAUUCAUACAGACAUUUAUGGUGAAAAUGAGGUGGAAGUCAGUUGGAGAGAGUAUUGUAUGCAAAUACAAAUGCAACAACAAAACAUACGUACAUAUUUAAAUUACAACAAAAAACCAAAAACAAACGAAAUAAAUUAUUAGUAAUAUACUGUGAAAUCGAUCAAUCAACCGCAACAAUGACAGGCAAAACAACAACAAACAGACAAACAACAGUUAAAAUGUACACACACACACACAGUUGAAACCAAAAAUAAGUCUUAUUAAAUUGUAUCAAAAAAAAAAGUUAAUAGAAAGCGUAAAGUAACGGACAAGCAAAAAUGCAUUGUGUGAAGCCACAAGAAAAAAAACCAAAUAACAACAACAAAUAGGCAAUGCAGUACGAAGGCGACGCGGACAGCUUAGGUGACAGUUACAUGUAUUUGAGCGUUAAUAAAUAUAGGCAAAAAUAAACACAACAACAAUAUACAAAAAAAAAAAAACAAAAGGCAUACAACUUUCCAACCGCAUAAAGCGUAAAACAACAACAGCA